GUGUGUCACAAAACGCUAGCCCGGCCGAAUGGCUCGCGGCACAACUCGCUUAUUAGUCACGUCAGUUGUGUGAGCUGGCUGUGCCAAGCAAAGCACGAGUCCGGUGAAGCUGUUCCUGCAGCGCUGGAGCUCACCCGGCUUCUCAGUGUGCUCAACGCAAGGUCUGCCUUGCACAGCGCCAAUAUACGCCAGCAAUACGCCGUCGCUGCGGCCACCACACAAGCAGCAUAACACGAUGUGCCACGCGCCGCCACUAAUACGGUAAAAAAUGCCGAAGGGCGGCAAGCCCAAGCAGCAGAAAAAGCGCGCCGAGAAGGCGGCGCAACAAAAGAACAAGAAGGCCGAGCGCGAGGAGCGAAAGCGGCGGCGGAAAGACCGGGACCGCUACACCGACGACGAAGACAAGCGCUUCGCCGCGCAAUUAGCCGCCGCAGGACUGAGAGUCAAUGAAGUCGACGCCGACGGCAAUUGCUUGUUCCGAGCGCUGGCGGACCAGGUCGAGGGCUCGGCGAAGCACCACGGCAAGUAUAGAGAUGAAAUCGUCGCAUUCAUGCGGCGCGACGAGGAGCGCUUCAAGUGGUUCGUUGAAGAUGAUGAAGACUGGGACGACUAUUUGGCAAGGCUCGGACGCGACGGCGAGUGCGCGUCUGCGUCACGCACUUUGUGGCUCGCGUCGAUGGCGUGAAGGUGGACGCGUCGUGCCCGCGACGCUUUUGUUCGCGCAGGUGGGGUGGGAAUUUGGAGUUAGUCGCGGCCGCGAACCUGCGAUCUGUCAACGUCGUCGUGCACCAGCUCGAGGCGCCGAAGUUCGAAAUCUGCGCCGACGACAAUAGCGCGACGCGGACGGUCCACCUGUCGUACCACGGCGAGGCGCACUACAACUCCGUGCGGCUCAAGGACGACUAUUCGGCCGAGCCCUCGUCGGGCCUGCCGCACAUCGGAGCGGAGGCGCCCCGCCCGGCGAGCCCGGAGCCCGUCGAGGCGCCCGAGGACCGACCGCCGAAGCCCCUCAAGGCGUCCAAGGCGCCGAAGGGCCCCUGCCCGUGUGGCAGCGGCAAGCGCUACAAAAAAUGCUGCCGCGCCGCCGAUCUCGCGCGCGCGCGCCAGAAGGCGCAGGCGCCGCGCGAGGACGUCGACGACGCGCUCGCGGGCGAGGUCGGGAGCCUUAGGAUAUAAGUUUGUUGUGAC